AUGUCAGACACUCUCCCUGCUGUUAACGACGACCGGGCAGCGCGCGUCGUUGCUGGGCAUCUCCCCUCGGGCUAUACCGCUGACUUUGAUGGGGUGCGUCCCGAUGAUGAUGCACCAAGAGGUCCUUCAGAGCCCGAGCCCGAAUCGUCUCUCAAGCUCCAAGGCGGCGACAUACACCGCGAUUUAUACAAGAUUCAAAAUCGGAACAAAUUACAGCGAGCCGCCACCUUUUCGCAUCCAAAUGAAUCCUCCACCGCAAUGGAGAACGAGAUUUCAGUAUCCGAACAACUUGCUCCGGGUGGCUUCCGGCGAGAGUUUGUCCGCAAGAAGUAUGGCCGCUUCAAUCCUGCGGUGAUUCCCGUCACGAGAAAUUUCGUCGAGUUUCUCUCCCUCUACGGAGCGUUCGCUGGUGAGGAUUUGGAAGACUCGGAAGAUGAAUCAGCGCUUGAGGAUGAGGAAGAGGCACUCUCAGAGACGAGGCCACUGCUUCGGCGAAGCACCACCAUGGCCAAGGUGGGAGAUGCAGGGAUGACGAAGACCUUCUUCACCUUGCUCAAAGCCUUCAUCGGCACUGGAAUCAUGUUCUUGCCCAAAGCUUUCAACAAUGGUGGCAUCCUUUUCUCGUCCAUGACACUGUUGACAGUCUCAUUGGUCACGACAUGGGCGUUUCAUCUCUUACUGCAGUGUCGUCAGAUCCACAAGAGGAGCGGCUAUGGUGAGCUUGGUGAAGUAAUUGGCGGUCCUAGAAUGAGGGCUAUCAUCCUUGGGUCGGUCACAAUCUCACAGCUCGGGUUCGUCUGCGCUGGGACUGUAUUCGUCGCUCAAAAUCUGUAUGCAUUCGAAGAAGCAGUUACCAGAGGCCCCGCUCGGAUAUCGACCAAUAUCUUGAUUGCCCUUCAGCUGAUCGCUUUAAUUCCGUUGGCAUUCAUCCGCAAUAUCUCCAAGCUUGGUCCCGCAGCGCUGGUGGCCGACAUUUUCAUACUGCUCGGUCUAGCUUACAUUUAUUACUAUGACAUUUCUUACCUGGCAAUGAACGGACUAAACCCUACGGUCCAGCUGUUCAACCCUCAGCACUACACCCUUACCAUUGGCUCAGCCAUCUUCACUUUCGAGGGAAUUGGUCUCAUCCUUCCCAUUCAAUCGUCGAUGCGCGAGCCUGAAAAGUUCGAACCACUUCUGUGGGUCAUUAUGCUCAUCAUCACCAUCAUCUUCACUUCCAUAGGAGCACUCUGCUACGCAACGUUUGGCUCGGCAACCAAGAUUGAAGUCAUCUCCAAUUUCCCACAAAGCAGCAGACUCGUUAACGCGGUCCAACUUCUGUACGCGCUUGCGGUUAUGGCUGGCACCCCAGUCCAGCUAUUUCCGGCUCUUCGAAUUCUCGAAGGUAAGAUGUUUGGCCAUCGUUCUGGCAAACGGGACACGUCCAUCAAGUGGAAGAAGAAUGGAUUCAGGACGGUUCUCGUCGUGCUUUGCGCCUUGGUUGCAAUUCUGGGGUCGAGCAACCUGGACACGUUUGUCGCGCUUAUUGGUUCGAUCUGUUGCGUUCCGCUUGUCUACAUAUAUCCGCCACUCCUGCACUACAGAGGGGUCGCACAGUCCAGAUGGGCCAAAGUUGGAGAUGUCGUGUUGAUGAUACUGGGUGUUGUGUGUAUGAUUUACACGGCUGUCAUCACCAUCGUGACCAGCUUCAUGCAGUAA